UUUGAUUCUUGUUCAGUAAAUCAUACUCACCUCACAAACUGUUUCACUUCAUUUCUGUCUUGUUUGUGUUCUAUCAUUUGCCUGAGUGAGACUCACAGUCGCACAGGGAAAGGAAGGGGGGAGGAAUAGCCAUUAGCCAAGCCAAGCAAGAAAAGCAAAAAAAAAAAAGAAAGAAUAAUGCAGGCCAAGAAGCCAAAAGUGGUGAUAAUAGGAGCAGGAAUGGCUGGGCUAACAGCUGCAAACAAGCUGUACACAGGUGCAGGGUCAAGGGGGGUGAUAGAGGUGUGUGUUGUGGAAGGAGGGGAGAGGAUUGGUGGGAGGAUAAACACCUCAGAGUUUGGGGGUGACAGGAUUGAGAUGGGUGCCACUUGGAUCCAUGGGAUUGGUGGGAGCCCAAUUCACAGGAUUGCUCAAGAAAUCAACUCCCUGGAGUCUGAGCAGCCAUGGGAGUGUAUGGAUGGUUGCUUGGAUGAGGCUGCCGUGACUAUUGCAGAAGGUGGAUAUAAUCUCAACUCAUCCCUAAUUGCCCCAAUCUCCAAUCUUUUCAAGAAACUCAUGGAUUUUGCUCAGGGGGGUUCCUCAAAUGGCUGCACUGGAGAUCUCAGCCUGAGUGUGGGGUGUUUUCUUCGAAAGGGGCUCGACGAAUAUUGGGAAUCAAUGAAGGAGAGGGAGGAGGAGGUGGAAGGGUUUGGGAAUUUUUGGUGCAGGAAAUCACUUGAAGAAGCCAUUUUUGGGAUGUUUGAGAACACUCAAAGGACUUAUACUUCAGCUGGAGAUCUCCAGACUCUUGACUAUGGUGCAGAAAGCGAAUAUCGAAUGUUUCCAGGGGAGGAGAUCACCAUUGCCAAGGGGUAUUUGAGCAUAAUUGAGUCCUUGGCUUCUGUAUUGCCUCCUGGUUUGAUCCAAUUAGGCAAGAAAGUGGUGAGAAUUGAAUGGAACCCCCAAAACCCCCAUUCAUUAUCUUCUGCAGAAAAUGGGAAUAACAAUAAUGGUGCCUGGAGGCCAGUGAGGCUACAUUUUGUGGAUGGAUCAAUCAUGGAAGCUGAUCAUGUGAUCCUCACAGUCUCACUAGGGGUUUUGAAACAAGGAAUCACACAAGAAUUUGGUCUAUUUGAUCCCCCACUCCCCAGUUUCAAAACUGAAGCAAUUUCCAGGCUUGGUUUUGGUGUUGUCAACAAGCUGUUCUUGCAAAUUCACCCUUCUUUCAAGCUCCCACACUUGCAAAUGGUGUUCCACCAACCAAAAAACCACUCAAGAAUCCCAUGGUGGAUGAGGAGAACUGCUUCUAUAUGCCCAAUCUAUACCGAAUCAAGCGUCGCCCUCUCGUGGUUCGCGGGGAAAGAAGCUCUAGCACUUGAGUCCCUAGAUGACCAAGAAAUCAUUGAUGGGGUUUCAACCACAAUCUCCAAUUUUUUGCCCCAUUUCCCACUUUGCAAUGGCCACAAACAGCCUGAGAUUAUUGUCAAGGUUUUGAAGACCCAAUGGGGCACUGACCCUCUCUUCUUGGGCUCAUAUAGCUAUGUGGCUGUUGGAUCAAGUGGAGAUGAUUUAGACACCAUGGCUGAGCCACUGCCACCAAAUUACAAAGAUACCCCCAAGAUUCAUCAUGGCAGUUCUAGUCCUUCAUCUUCCCCCCCUCUCCAAAUCCUAUUUGCAGGGGAAGCAACACACAGAACCCAUUACUCAACCACCCAUGGAGCUUACUUUAGUGGCCUCAGAGAAGCCAAUAGGCUCCUCCAACACUAUAACUGUUCUGAUCUAUGAAGAUGAAGAUGAUGAUGAAGAAGAAGAAGAAGAGCUUGGUGUUAUUGUAUUAUUAUGACAAAAAAUUAGGCUCAUUUUUUUAUUUGUGAUCAUCAGUAUUAAUUUCUCUACAUUCAUCUUGUUAUCUCUCUCUCUGUGUCUGUGAUGAGGUUUUGAGAGAGAAAAUGAAGGUGGGAUUAAAUUAAAGCAGCUGUCUUGGGAAAACCAGGAAACAUCAUUAACCUUGAUGUCUUUACUUCCUUGGAGCCACAAAAAAAGAAGAAGCUUCUUUGAAAAACUGUGAUUUUUAGCUGCUUUUCUCUUUGUUUGUGAGUUGUGUGUUGAGAGCUACUUUUGGUAGGAGUUUUUAAUGAUA